AUGAGUCGCACGUGCAAACUCGGGGUCUUGGCCGCGCUCGCGUUGGCUGCAGUGCCCGCAUCCGCCAGCUGCCCUUUCCUCGGUGGCCAGAAGGGCUCGCAACCCGACCUAGGCACCGGCGUGGACCGUGCCCUGAGGUCCUACGAUGACAGCUACUACUCCGGAAGCGGCGCGGACUUCUCGCGGGAGACCUACGAAGCACUCCAGGCCGACAUCACGGCCGUGUUCACGGACUCGCAGGACUUCUGGCCGGCGGACUUCGGCAACUACGCGCCGCUGAUGAUCCGCCUCGCGUGGCACUGCAACGGCAACUACCGCCAGUCGGACGGCCGCGGCGGGUGCGACGGCGGCCGGAUCCGCUUCAACCCGGAGCGCAGCUGGGCCGACAACACCAACCUCGACAAGGCGCUGACCCUGCUGCAGCCCAUCAAGCUCAAGUACGGCGACGCCGUCUCGUGGGGGGACCUCAUCACCCUCACGGGUAACGAGGCGAUCAGGUCGAUGGGGGGCCCCGUGCUUGGGUUCUGCGCCGGGAGGCUGGACGACGCCUCCGGGUUCGACAGCCUCGAGCUCGGACCCUCACCCGAGCAGGAGGCCGUCGCUCCCUGCGCCGUCAACGGGACGUGCGAGUUCCCCCUCGGCACCAGCACGGUGGGGUUGAUCUACGUGAACCCGGAGGGGCCCCUCGGUGUUCCCGACCCCGCCGGCAGCGCUGCCGAUAUCCGUGACGUGUUUGGGCGCAUGGGCAUGAACGACAGCGAGACCGUGGCUCUUAUCGGCGGAGGGCACGCGUUCGGCAGAAGUACAGCACGGGUUGUUGCUGACGAAAAGGAUCUCUACAAUGUCGGUCAGCGCGUGCCCGUGCCCAUGCUGUUUCACAUCUAG